UGUUGUUGACAAUAGAGGCGAAGCAGUAGGUUUCCUUUUUCAGAAAGGAGAAUCAUAUUUAGAUAACGGCGUUUCUUUUUAUACUCCAAAUUUCGUAGAAUUCAGAUACAAUUACAUUCGGAUUUUAAAUACGAUCUGAUAAUGUGUUAAUUUUAUCAACUACCAACGAACUGACCCUGGUAAAUUUGGAGUGCAUACUGAUAAAAGAGACUAGAAGAAUAGAGGAUCUUCCAGUGUUCCAGUGAUAUAAAGGGUGCUCCAUACAUGUUGAAAUAUCUCAGUUUAAUCGCUCUCACAGCACAAAAUGCCAUGGUCAUUUUGGUCAUGCGCUAUGUGCGUACGAGAGGCGGUGAAAUGUUCAUGGCAACGUCAGCCGUUGUGAUGUCAGAGGUGCUGAAAUUUACUUCAUGUCUUCUCAUAAUAUUCUACCAGCAAGGCAGCGUGAGACGAUGGAUACAUCACCUACAUGAGAAUAUAAUAAUGCAGCCUGGUGACUGCCUUAAAAUAUCCGUGCCAUCUCUUGUAUACACAUUACAGAAUAAUCUGCUAUAUAUAGCCCUGUCUAACCUUGAUGCUGCCACAUUUCAGGUGACAUACCAGUUAAAGAUUCUGACAACAGCUAUUUUCUCUGUGAUCAUGUUACGAAAGUCUCUUUCUAGUGUACAGUGGGUGUCUCUAGUCAUUUUGUUCCUGGGUAUUUCCAUUGUGCAGAUGCAACCGGAAAAUGCCGGUCAGAGUCAGACUGUCCGAGAACAACGACCUCUGUUGGGACUUUUUGCAGUUUUUAUAUCUUGUCUGAUGUCCGGCUUUGCUGGUGUUUAUUUUGAAAAGAUUCUAAAGGGAACGAAACAAUCAGUAUGGUUACGAAAUGUUCAGUUAGGUGUUUUAGGCUCAGUGAUAGGAAUGAUCACCAUGGAAAUAAAAGAGGGAGAGAAGUUGCGGGAGCUGGGAUUUUUUUACGGCUAUGACAGUCUAGUAUGGUUGGUUAUUAUUCUACAAUCACUAGGCGGUUUACUUGUAGCUGUGGUAGUCAAAUAUGCUGACAAUAUUCUGAAAGGAUUUGCUGCCUCAUUAGCAAUAGUCGUGUCUUGUUUAGUGUCUGUGUUUUUCUUUGACUUUAAAAUGUCCGCUCAGUUCAUGCUUGGCGCAGGGUUUGUAAUGGUGUCAAUAUAUCUGUACGGUAAAUAUGUCCCACCGCCAACAGCAAUAAAAAAGUCUGACGAUGUUCAGAAUGGUAAAGUGCGUGCAAUAUGAGAAUCUGAAUGGACAUCAAAAUAAAAAUCUAGUUGUUCUAAAAAUAGAUUAUAUAAAUUUUGGAAAGCUUUAUUAUGAUAUAUGCUCUGUAAAGUUUUUACCUUUUAACUAUCUGUCCAAAGAGUUAUUUUUUGCGUGUGAAUCUUAUUCAUUUGUUUUGUUAUGAAUUUUGUUUAGAUAAUUUAGUGCUUUAUGACAUGUAUAUUUUCUUACAUGUGAAUCAAACAAUUGACAGCUUUAAAAGGAGUUCUCAGCUUUAUUUUUUUAUUUUUUUUAAAAAAAAUUUUUUUGUCUUGUCUCUUCUCAAGGAAACCGGUUUUAUUUUAUCAUAUCGUUUAUUGCAUAUUGUCUUUAAGGAAGAUUUACAGUAUUGUAGAGCUGUCAUUGAUGGAAAAUUUUGUAUCGAUAUAUCGAGAGACAAAUAUUGAUGAUACAUUGAUACAUUGAAAGUAGAUACACAGAAAAACAUUUAUAUAUGUGUUAUAAAUUGGUUCAUGGUGUUAUGCAUGCUUGUAUUACACAUUACAAAUAUUACAUACUAAAAGAAAGUUUGCUUCUACGGUUUUUCUUGUCACUGACAUUUGAGAGUUUAAAGUUCAAGUCAGCCAAGAAAACUGGAAAAAAGUGACUUCUCUUAUAUGCCAAAAUAGAGAGCUAUAUUAAGUAACAGAAAUAAUUUUUGUUAGCUUGUAUCGAUAUGUGAAAGUGUGUAUCGAUAUUGUAUCAGAUGAUGAAUAUCGAUGAUAUAUCGAUAUCGCGAUAUUCAAUGACAGCCCUACAGUAUUGGGUGUAUAUUUGUCAUAAAUAUUCAGUGAGUAAAUGCCUGCCAAAAUUUCAGUAUAUGAUCUGUAGAAAUACUGUUUAUCUAAAAGAAGUUUUUAAUCCUUUUGAAAAAUGAUCUUGUUUCUAAAUAUUUCACUCUUAUAUCUUAAAAUUCAAUGUUUUUUCUGCUGUCAUAUAAUUUUAUAAGUUAAUUCAAAAACCAAUGAUGAACUGAAAAUUUUGAAGAAAAAAAGAAAAGACACUUCAUCUGAAAACUUUCCUUCUUUUUCAUUUUUGUUUUGUUAAACAGCUUUUUAUUAUCAGUAUUAUUGUUAAUACUUGUCUAGAAUUUUUAUUUUCAUUAUCUAUGUGUGGUAAAUAAAGACAUGUCAAGGUUAUGCAAAAUAACAAAAAAACUAUCACACAGACCUAUUUUGAUAAUAUAAUUUGUAAGAUGUGUUACUUUGUAACAAUUGACAUGCUGCAUUUUAAAGAUAAUCUGACGUAAAAUCUCUGCUUGGGUGAACAUUACAAAGCUUAUUUUAACCUUUACCAGGCUAUAUCUCUUAAAUGGACUGGUCCCUCUUUCAAUCUGAAAUAAAAACAUCAUCAGUUUUAUGGAAUAUUUCAAAAUAUGUACUGAUUGAAUAUAUUUCAAAAUAUGUACUGAUUGAAUAGUGCAAAGUGCAGACCAUGAUCAGAUGGCAUGGAUGUGCUGACUGAUGUUGGUCUGCACUGUUGGUGUGGGUGGAAUCUGCUGCAGCCAGUUAAUGAUAGUUGUUUCUAAAUUAAACACCAUUUUGUUUGUGAAUGUCUAGGUUCUGCUUUAAGUCUAAACAGGCUAAACAGACAGUUGCUGACAUUUGCCAGUACCAUCCAUGAACAGGCUCAAUUAAACCAUGCCAGGAAAAUGUUUAGUUUUGCCAAGAUCUGUUUUUAAAAUAAAACUUUGAAAAAUGAAAAUGCCAUGUCACUGCAUUUAAAACAACACUCAAUAGUAGGAAGAAAAAUAGAUUUUUUUCACAAAUUCAAUCUUGUUUGAUUUUGCCAUCUUGGCAUUGUAAAGGUUUCCAAAUGAUCUAUUUAGUUAGCUGCCUGCUAUUUAGGGUAUUUAUUAUGAAGUUAAUACUGGAAAUUUAUAAAAUGUCAGUAAUACAGUGUUUGAGUGACAAAAACCAAACCAAAAAUAAAAAACCUGGUAAACGAAAAUGUGAUCAAAAUUUUUGAAAAUAUGACAAUGUUCUUUUUUGAAUGGGGGAAUAAAAUGAAUGAUUCAAUGUUACAUUGUAUUAACAAGUUGAAAGGAAUAUGUAGAAAAAAGUUUGUUAUUGUUAAAUGAAUGUCUGUCUGCCCAUUCAAGUACAUGUACAUGAUAAUUUAUAUUUCAAAGUUUUUGAUAAUGUGUUUAUUUAGCUCCCCAAAAUUAUUUUGCUGCUCAAGCAUUUUGCUGCUGAUUUGAUUCUUUUGUUUGCCCUGUCACACUAAACGUUGUAUGAUAAGUUGAAAUAAAACUGCUAGUUUUUCUAGAUUUUAAUUUUUACCAUUUA